UUUAUGAGCUAUGUCCUCAGCAGAUAAGAGAGAAUGACUUUAGGCCACUCCCUCUAUAAGUUAUUCAUCUAUAUAUAUCUAUAUGUUGAAGCCACAAGUCACAGCAAACAUAUAUCAGCGUAUUCACUAGCAAUACAAUUCAGUAUUCACUUACAAAGAACAAUAUCCUUUUUUUCUUUAUUUUUUCCUACCAAUGGCUAGAUAUCUAUCUUCUGUUCUUGCUAAACAAAUUCUGCGCCGGUCUACAAAUAAUGCAUCCUCAAGCUCUCCGGAUUUGCCGAAAGGUUUCUUAGCAGUUUACAUUGGAGAGACAGAGAGGAAGCGAUGUUUGGUUCCAAUAUCGUAUCUAAAUGAGCCUUCAUUUCAAGAUUUCCUAAGUAAAGUAGAAGAGGAAUAUGGUUUUGAUCAUCCAAUGGGCGGCUUGACAAUUCCCUGUAGAAAAGAUACUUUUAUUGAUGUCACUUCUAGCUUGACUAGAUCAUGAGAGAAUUCAAAUUAGUCUAAUCAUAAAAACAAUUUUGUAUGGUAGAACUAGACAAGUCAAUGUAGAUACUUUCUUUUUAAUUACAAUGAAAAUGAGUACCAUAUACUUGCAAUUUCUGCUA